AUGGCAAAUUUAAUAGAAAAUGCACCUCCAGAAAAUGAGACAAUGGAGAAAGAGAAUGAGGUGGAGAAAGAAGUGGUCGAUGUAAAUGAUGAUAAAGAUGAUAAUAUAAUAGAAGGGGAUGAUGGGGAGAAAGAUAAACAAGAAGGUAUUGAUGGAGAAGAUGAUAAAGAUGGAGACAAGGAGGAGGAGAAUAAUGUGUUUGAUAAGAAGAAAAGGAAAAAAUGUUCCAAAGCUUAUGAUGAUUUCAUUGAAGUGACAGCAGAUGAUGGGACUACAAAGUUUCAAUGCAUACAUUGCAAGACUUUUCUUGCUAAGACGUCUACUGGCACAACAUCUCAUCUUUGGAAUCACUUGAAAAGGUGUCUGCAAAAGAAGCUUCACUUGAAGAAGCAAAAGACGUUGCAAUUUCUUUGGGAUUAA